AUGGCUGAAGAGACGAUAUCAGGAGACAACUGCUUUCCGGCGCGCAACACCCAACAGCCGUAUUGCGAAAACGCUGAUGAGCAGGACAUCUCCGGUUCAGCGCCAGUUGCCCAGGGCCUUUCACCCCCCUCAUCAUGUCAAGUGCCACAAUACAAUCAACAAGGCGUCACGCCGAACGGGGAGUACUUCCUCGACCCAACAUUUCUGAACUUUCCCCCGGCUCCUUCAUACCAAACAUCCACGACCCAACCUGCUUCAAGCCUUCCACAUCCAAGCCAAGUCAAUAUCAAGGUCAUAGAGCAGAGCAUCAUUCGAGGUGCUGCAGAGGAGAUCUACGUACUUGCAUUUUACAUGGCCGACAUCAGUGGUCAAUUCGGGGUAGGAGACCAGGGCGAUGUCUGA